AUGCUGAAAAACAUUCUGGAUAAGGACGACGUCGUCGUAGUUGACUCAGAGCAGGACGAGGGAGAAGACGGUGGUAUCCUGGCGGUGCUCGACGAAUUGGCGCCGGAGCUGAAGACGGCUGCAUUGCAUUUCAAAACAGAAGACUGGCUGCGAGUCAUAGAGAGAUUAAGGAAGGAACCGAGCAGUGAAGUUCGAGAUAUCAUUGCGGAUGUGGGCCGAGAACUUACCGAGAAGAUCAAGGAGGCGGUGGACAGCCAGUAUGCGACCAUGACUUUUGAGGAUCAGGAAAAGGGCGGAGACAGCCGUACGAGCACAACUGCUGCUGCAGCUGGUGAGGUGCUGACCGAAGGCGCGGAGCUGGCCAGUAUGUACAGGGCCGGUAGCAUGUCUAACCGGCAGAUACUGAAGCACUUAUCCCGCUACACGCCGCUAAGGCUAGUGUACGAAGAGCGGGAGAUUUUGAGGUUGCUGGAGAGCACGUUGUACAUCAGUGAUUACACGGACAAGGUGGACAUUAUCCAUGCGGGCAAUAAGAACAAGCAGAUUCUGAAGCAGAUUCGGCAGAUAUGUUCGAUCUUGACGGGGUUGGUGAUGGCUCGGGACUACGAGGAGGGUCAGCGGUUGAUGAAGGACCGCGAUUUCAAGUCAUUGGAGCGGUUUUACCAAGGUUGUUUCGAGAUUGGGCGGCGGUACAAGAUUCUGAAUCCUGAGAAGAUGAGGGAGAAUUACGGGAAGUUGAUGUAUGUGCUAAUGGACACGAGUUCGAAGGCGAUUAGUCAGGUGUUGGAGUUUGAUUGUGUAACGCCAGUGCGAACAGUAUACAAUUUGUUGGAGAAGAAGGAGCGUGGUUUGGAGUUGUUGGACGACCCGUUGUUGGUGGUUGCGACGCAGGAGAUUUAUGACUACGGCUUGACACGGGAUCAGGUGCGGUUGAUGCAGCAACGCAAGGAGGCGGCGACCAAGUCGUUGGUUGAGAAGUAUUGCGCGACUCCUCGGGCCGCGGGGGACGGCAGGCGUGGUUUGUUGCGAAAUUUCUUUUUUGCUCGCGCCGAGCCGGAGCCGGUGAGUGAUGGAGCGGACCGGCUGGUGUUGCCGCGGUCGGGUGUUGCGAGUGAGGCCUUGAGUGAAGAGGACGUGGAGUUGGCGAUUUACUCGUUGAAGGACCAUAUGACGUUUUUGCGGUACAAUGAGAAGCCGGUCGAUCAGCUGUAUCAGUACUUGGUUACGUUUUACGACGCUGAGAAGCCGACGAGCGCAGAUGCCUCCUUGGCUAUUGCGCUGGGACAGGAGGGAGCCAGAUUGACGCACAGCCAUCAGCGCCAGUUCCUUUAUGUGAAGCAGACGUUGUUGCUGUGGAAGGAGAUUUUGCGCAACUUCCUCGAACUCUGGACCCUCGCCGACUCCGACCUGCUCGCCACCGACGGAAGUGGCUGGCUUGCCUCGCCUUCCUACCGCCUCUCCGCCACCGGUCAGGGACUCAACCGAGUGCAGCCCGCUCCGCGUGUCCAGCGCUGCGUUAACGAGAUUUUGAGGAAGGUCAUGAGCCAGUGCGGGGGCUGGAUCGGCAGUAGUGUCGUCCACCUAGGCGACCACAACGUUCCAAACGCCCUCAUGUUCAUUGACAAAUACCUCCAGGUGCCCCGCAUCGUCCAACCUCUGAUCCAAGUCCUGGAACAACUGCCGAGACAGAAGCGCCCUGAAAUCGUCGAAAUGAUUCGACGCGGAUACGGCGACGUCCAACACCUACAGUAA